UAAGUCAUUCACUCGGGUCUCAUAACACUCCCUUUGGAAAGAGAAAGAUAAGGAAAGCGAGAGAAAUAGAGAGAGAGAGAGGAUGACAACCUCCAUGACGAACCGAGUUGAAGAUGAUUUGGCACUCAUCUCUCAGCUCUACCCUGCUGGUGUUUACUCCCAGAUGGUACCCCAGCAAGCGGAGUCAUCAAAACCGAGACGACGUCGUAAGAAGAACAAAGGUGGAGAAGCCGGAGGUGGUGGGUUGAAAAAGAGAAAGCUAAGCACGGAGCAAGUGAAUCUUCUGGAGCUGAAUUUCGGAAGCGAACAUAAAUUGGAAUCCGAAAGGAAAGACCGGCUCGCUUCGGAACUGGGCCUGGAUCCUAGACAGGUCGCAGUUUGGUUUCAGAACCGAAGGGCUCGCUGGAAGAACAAGAAAUUGGAGGAGGAGUACUCCACCUUAAAGAAAGCACAUGAUGCUGUUAUAGUUGAGAAAUGCAGUCUUGAAUCCGAGGUGCUAAAGCUCAAGGAGCAACUCUCAGAGGCCGAGAAGGACAUCCAACGGCUCUCGGAACGUCGUGUCGAUAGCGGCUCGAGCAACAGCCCUAGCUCCUCAUUGUCAAUGGAAGCCAUAGAUCCUCCAUUUUUAGGCGGAUAUGGAUUAGAAGGAUAUGAUGACGACGUUUUCUACACUCAGGAGAACAAUUACAUUCAUGGGAUUGAAUGGAUGACCAUGAACUUAUAUAUGUAGACUAAAAGUAUAUUAGUGUCUUGUAGAUAGUCACAACCUAAUGUAAAUUUUUAUUGUUUCCUGUCUCUAUUUAGUACUAGCUAGCUUUUAGUGUGUUUGACUAGAACGAUCUCAAAAUGUUAUUAUUAGUUUAAUAAACUAGCUUUCUGACCGGAAACUAUUACA